AUGGAUGAUAUCUUCAUGGAUUUUGUCAAAACUCCUUUGGCAACAGCAUCAAUUGCUCAAGUCCACCGUGCCAAGCUGAUUAAUGGGCUGGAUGUGGUUGUCAAAGUUCAACAUCCGGGCAUCAAGACAAUUAUGUUGGAGGACUUGAAGGAUGUAAAAUCGAUUAUUGACUGGAUAGCUUGGGCAGAACCGCUAUAUGAAUUCAAUCCUGUGUUAGACGAAUGGUGCAGAGAAACUCCAAAAGAAUUUGACUUCAAUCUUGAAGCUGAAAAUACUAGAAAUGUGUAUAGCAAUCUUGGGUGGAAAAACAGAUCCGGAGAUAAUAAACCUGCCAAUACAGUUGAUGUUCUUGUUCCGGAAGUUAUUCAGUCAACCGAAGCUGUCCUCAUUCUAGAGUACAUGGAUGGGAUACGUUUAAAUGACUCUGAAUCUCUGGAAGCUUUUGGGGUUGACAAGCAGAAGAUUGUAGAAGAAAUUACACGUGCAUAUGCCCACCAAAUUUAUGUUGAUGGAUUUUUCAAUGCUGACCCUCAUCCUGGAAAUUUCCUUGUUAGCAAGGAGGCUCCUCACCGUCAAAUUUUGCUCGACUUUGGGCUCACAAAGAAACUAUCCGACUCUGUCAAACAAGCACUUGCAAAAUUUUUGUUGGCUUGUGCAGAGGGGGACCAUGUAGCUCUUUUGUCUGCCAUGGCAGAAAUGGGACUUAAGCUGCGUCUAGACAUGCCUGAGCAGGCUAUGGAGGUUACAACUGUAUUCUUCCGUGAUUCCACACCAGCAAAUGAAGCUCAUUUAGACAUUUUGGUUCCAGAUGCCUUUAUUGGUGAUUUUGUAAUGUUUUCAAAAGUCCUUACUCUUCUAAGAGGUCUUUCGUCCAUGAUGAAUAUUCGCAUAGUAUAUCUGGAUAUUAUGAGACCAUUUGCUGAAUCUGUUUUAGAAGGAAACAUGAACAAGGGACCAGCAACAAAUCCCCAGUGGAUUUAUGAUACUCCAAUCCAUUCUGAAUUGGAGGCCAAGUUGAGGGAAUUCUUAGUUCAGCUGGGGAAUGAGGACAGAAUACUUGGAAUUCAGCAUGCAUCCGGGAAGAAAUUUCAGGAGAUUCUUGAAGAAGUAUUCAUUCGACCCCUAAAUAUUGAAGGCGAGCUAUAUGUUGGAAUUCCUGCAGCUGUCAUCAAUGGCAUUAUCAUGCCGUUCAAUGGCUAUCCUCCGGUGUGGAAUCUCGAUCUUGCAACUCUUACAAUGGAUGAAUAG